CUCGGACUCCACCGAUAAUUUUGAGACCCCUGAAGCACAAACACCGGCCUGCUCGCCCCUCAAGGAGUUCUGUGAGCCCCCAGGAUCGCCCGAGCCUGAGGCCAGGAGCCAAGAGCCAGGUGGCCAUGGUGACCUGCUGGUAGGGGAAGCCCACUGGCACAGCUCGCCUGGGAAGCCCCCCAAAGAUGAGGCCCAGCCAGAGACUGGAGCCCCUACAGCCAGUUUGGAAGCUAAAGGGGAAACUGAGCCCGACAACUCACCCCUGAUUCAGCCCUUGGGCUGCCAGGCUGACCCUGGGCACUCUGCUGGGGAGCCUGUGCCCCACGUAGGCACUGCCACCAUGCCAGCAGGCGACACUGGCACGGGGCUGCUGGAGCUGAGGGGUGAUGCCCUGGGCCAGGAGCAGCUCGGGAAAGGGAAAACACCUUCAUUGGGGAGGAAAACAGAUGAAACCACAGAGGAGACCCAGCUUGAGCAGCACGAGAGGAGUGUGAGCCCCUGCCAGCUGCAGAGCUCUGCCCCAGCAGCCCCACAACGCCUCCCCCAUCCCAGUGAACCGGGGGGGGACCCAGCUCUGGAGGCCCCAGGGCAGGUCCUGAAACCUGGGGCUGAUGGUACAGAGAGUGUGGAGGCCAAGCCAGCUUCACCCAGGAGGGGCAGCAGGAUCCCAGCCAGCAAGCUGACACCCACAAGGAGACACAGAGAGUCCCCCAAGAGAGCAGCUGAGGAUGCAGAGAGGGGUCCCACAGAGCCACCCCCAGCCCGGGGCUCCUCCCAGCUGGCUCCCAGCCUCAGCUCUCACAGUGGCAGCUCAGCACUGCAAAACUCACCAGUUCUCCCCAAGGGCUCUUACCAGUUUGACCCCAGUAACUUUGACUCCAUGGAUCCAUUCAAGCCCACCAAGACUCUUGCCAACUGUGACCCUGACUCCUGCUCCACUGCAGACAACAGCCUCAAUGAAAUCCUGGAAUCUCAGACCCUGGAGCUGCAGGAUGAUGCCCUGAAAAGCAGAGACUCCCCCAAGAAGCCCAAGUCACGCCUGAUAACGAGAGGGUGCAGAAAAGAGGAGGGUGAGGACAUGAGGGGGGAGCUCAAACCAGCAGCCAGGUGAUGGGACAACCCUGGC